AAAAAAAUCAAAAAUAUCAUUUCUCCGUGGUAAAAAGAUAAAAUGUAAACAAACAUAAAAUUAAUUGCGAAUUCGAAGGACAAAUCGUAUAUAAAACAGUUGGGCGAGACAUUUGGAGUAUAAUGAAUUCAUCAUGUGUUUUUUCUGUUCCAUUUACUUACUUACACUUGCAUAAAUAAAGUGCAUAUGUAUAAUGGAGGAUAAAUCUGAGUUGAUUCCAUCCACUACUAAAAUCGGGCUGUCUACAGAAAAUGAAUUACCAUUUUGUGGUGUAUGUAGCGUACAGUUUCCAUCGAAAGAAAGCUUUGACACACACUAUGAACAAAAUCAUUUAGUAGAGAAGCUUAGAUGUGAAAAUUGCAAUAAAGCUUUCAGCAGCAAAUUUCUCUUUGAAAAGCAUUCUAAAAAGCAUAAUUGCAAGAUGAAGAACAAAAUGGCAUCUUGUGACUUUGGCGACUUACAGAUUUCUGUUGGAAAUAAAAUAAUUGACCGCAAGAGAUCAACCGUUGAAAAAUCAUUCGAAUGUGGUGUCUGCAAGAAAAGUUUUUCCUCUAACUCUAAUCUCCUGAAUCAUAUUCAGAAACAUAAUGGUGAUAAAAAGUAUGUUUGUCAUAUAUGCCAGAAGAAAUUUAUGCAAAAUGUUUACCUAAAACGACAUUUACGCACCCACACUGGAGAAAGACCAUAUACCUGUGAAGAAUGCUUCAGAUGUUUUGCCAAACGGGCUCAAUUAAACAUCCACAGUCGUAUCCAUACCGGUGAGAUGCCAUAUUCCUGUGAUAUUUGUUCUAAAAAAUUUAGGCAUGUAGGGUCAUUAAAAUAUCAUAGUUUCUUUGUUCAUACUGAAGCUGGACGUCUUCAGUUACUUUCAUGCAAUGUGUGCGGCACUCGUUUUAAGGAAAAACGUGCUUUAUUGAGGCAUGAAUUAAGGCAUAAGACAAUUUCUAAUCCGAGCCCUUCUCAGAUUAACAAUUCACCCGUGGAUUGCAUCCAAGACGAUAUUAAGCCUGCUUGUGUUUCCAAAGAAGAGCUGUGUAGAUUUCAAGAUAAUUUAAAACCUCAAGCUGAUAUUCAUCCAGAGCAUAAACCAUACGUAUGCCAUACUUGUCAGCAAUGUUUUCCUAAUGAAAAAUCAUUUCAAGAACACAGUGAUGCUCAUACAAAUAAAGUAAUUCCGGUUAUAUCAUCGUCUUUUUCCUAUGAUAUAAAUUCAGGUGGAGAAAAUCUUCAGCUCGAUUAUCAUAAUCGUGCAGAAGAAAAAUUUAUCUGUAAUAUUUGUGACGAGCAAUUUGAUAACUCAGAUGGUUUAAAAAUUCAUUUCAAAAUACACACAGAACAAAAAUAUUCUGUAUGCGAAGUAUGCCAAUUAUGUUUUUUUGACGAAGAUGCUCUUCGUAAUCAUCAGAAUAUCGAAAAAUGUGUUUAUUUUUAUACUUGUAAGCUCUGCGGUGAAAAAUUCGUUGAUAAAAAAGAACUUGAAGUACAUUGUAAGACACAUGAACAUUUCGCAAAUGAAACUACCUUUCCCGAUUCUUUAAAGAAGCUUAAUCAUUUAGUUCAACAUUGCACAACGCCUUCCAAUGCGAGCGUUGAAAGUAACGUACUUGAAAGAAGUUGGAGUUUUAAUGACAAUCGUAUUGAAAAGGACUGUAGUUCUGUUAACGAUUUUCCUUCUAACUGUGAAUCAAAUAAAAAUUAUACCAUUGAAAAUGGCAUUAAACAACAUAAUGUUCUUUUUAACAAAAAAGAAUCGAACAUUUGUGCUCUCUGUCGUAAAAACUUUGAUCAAAAGUUGGAACUAGAAGCUCAUAUAUGCAAAUCUGAGAAGAAAUCAAUAUUUUACGAAGCCCUGAAAAGCAAUCAAGUGAAGGGCUAUAUUUGCAGUCUAUGCCUUAAAUGUUUCAUUCAUUUUCACACAUUUCAGCAUCAUAUGUUUGAGCAUGCUAAACAGCAUGAAUGUAAAACAUGUGGUAAGCUUUUCUUUACUGCUGACAGUCUUGAAGCACACUGCUUGCAAAGUCACAAACCCCCAAUGCAUCCUUGUAUUGUAUGCAAAGAAAAGUUCAUCAGUAAGAAUGAUCUCAUCGCACAUUGCUUUUCACAUCUGGGAUCAGGUGAAUAUUUUAUAUGUGGUUUGUGCAAACAGUGUUUCAAAGGACGAGAAGAUCUUCAAAAACAUAGUCCAUGCUUUACGAACACUGGAACGUCUUAAUUUAUCUCAUUAUUAUUUACCUUGAAAUUGCAAUGAAAAUCGUUAUAAUAAACUAUUUAGAAGUCGAUUAUAUUUCAAAAUUCGACCUUUUUUAUUUUUAGGAGAACAGAAAUCUCAAUAAUUAGCACUCUUUUCUUCCCCCCCCCUUUAAUUUUACUCCUGAAAUAAGGAAAUAACCUAAAAUGUGUCAUAGCUGUCGGUGGAGAACUAUGUCAAGCAAUCAGAAUGUUUGAUGGCGCCUAUCUUUAUUGAUUCUUUGUUAAACCUCAGUGUUUCUAUCUGUAUCCUAGAAAUUCACCCACUCAAAAUUAAAUUUAUUCACUUUCUUCCUUAAUUAUAUAAAAAUGUGUGAUUCUAAUUCGGUACAAUUUUGAGGAAUAGGUGCAUGUAGGGGACUUGCUGCCUACAGAACCUGCAUGUCAUGUUACUCCUUAUUAACAGAAAACUCUUGAGGUCUUAAACAUACAUGUAUAUUGCACGAGAUAUUUACAGAAGUGAGCAGUGUGCAAGAAAGAGUAUGCAAUAUAUACAAAUGAAAGUGAAUGCACACAGCGCCACCUACUUCUUAGACACUGUUAUUCGUUAUAUCGCGAGAUUCUUGAAUCCAGUUCGAUUCUAUGCUCUUAAUAUCUUUUUUUUUUUUCUUACAAAAAUUAUGACAAACUAUUCUUAGUUACGUGCUGUAGGUGGAACAAAAAUUUAAAAAUCCUUUUUUUUUUUUUUUUUUUUUUUUUUUUUUUAAAUAUACAUUAAGAAGUUGAUGCAGCAAAUUUUUUAAUUCAAUGGAAAAAAAAGAAAAAAAUCUAAAUUUCUCCGAAUCAGUAUAUCAGCAAUUUCUAUUGAUUUAUUCGUUUAUUUUAUUUAUUUAUUUUGUUUUUGCAAUAGUACUAGUCUAGAUAUACUGAAAAACUUUACAUCUCCCUUUGCAUAACAUCACGUUUGUUUGCAUCUACUUCUUCUAAUCUACUUCCAGAUGAAGGAGCUGCAUUUUUAUGACGCUGAAAGCAGCGCCACAAAUUUAUAUAUACUUAUGAGAUGAAAGAAUUUUUAUCAAGGGAUUUUUUAAAAAAAAUGUUUGUGGCAUGAGAUUGGUGAUUCUUUGCCAAUUUUUCCGAAGGAUUCUAGUUUUUUUCUGAGGAUCUCUAGUUGCCCAUUUGUAUAACAUAUAGGCAACUAGAUUUCCCAAAAAGAGGAGGGAUUCUUGAGAAAGGAACACACGGCUCAGAAUCACUCGCCCCUUGAAAUGUUAUCCAUACUGAUUAAAUCCAGUUUUUUAUUUUAUAUUAUUAUGACAGAUGCCGCCUCAUCCUUCAAGACCUGGACAUGGUAACUCUGGUCCAUUUAUUAAAAUUAUUGAUUUGUUAGAUUAAACAUUCUGUUUGAAGAUAUCAAAAGUUAUUGGAGACGAACAUAAUUGAAAAUUCUCUAUUGUGGCUGGAGAUAUAUGUUAGCAGUGUUGUUUGUAUGGAUUAUGUAAGUCAACCACCACCAUUUGUAUAAAAAAAAGCGAAAAAAAAACUAAUUUUAUCUAGUUAAAAGAUGUAAUUAAAUAUGCUUUUAUCAGAAUUCCUUCCCGAUUGAAGUAGUUUAAUAAAAUUGCUUGUUCAUCGGAGUUGAGCUUGAA